GAUCACCAACCAACGUUGCUUCGGCAGGGAGAAACUAAACUGUAAGCAACCGGUAGAAAGACGCUCGCGCAGCAGCUGGAGCAGGCCACGUACGUCUCGUAGCGGUUCAUCACUAGCUGCGCGCGCGCGUACGCGCCGUGCGUUGCAGCGGCCGCGCGGUCGAUGAGUCACCGUGAAGGAACCAGCCCAACCAAUGGUGCCAGAGCAGCGAGGUUGGUGGCGCUUUGCCAUCGCGGCCGGCGCCGCCGUUGGCUGCCAAGCAAGCUUCCUGCCGAACCCAUCACUGCGCCUCCUUCGCGUUAAAGACCCUCUCGCGCGCCACUCACCCGAUGCACGUCCUGCUAGUCUAGUGUAGCCGUGGUGGUGUUCUUGCACGCCGUUCGUUGCGACUCGGCAGAAAUGGAGCUGCGCUGCUCCGUGCUGGUCCUGUCCCUCGCCGCCGCGCUCUCCGUCGCUGCGGCUUACGACCCGUUGGACCCGAGCGGGAACAUUACCAUCAAAUGGGACAUCAUGUCGUGGACACCUGAUGGCUAUGUCGCGGUGGUGACGAUCAACAACUUCCAGAUGUACCGGCACAUCAUGGCGCCGGGGUGGACGGUGGGGUGGACGUGGGCGAAGAAGGAGGUGAUCUGGUCCAUGGUCGGCGCGCAGGCGACGGAGCAGGGCGACUGCUCCCGCUUCAAGGGCAACAUCCCGCACUGCUGCAAGCGGACCCCCGCCGUCGUCGACCUGCUUCCCGGCGUGCCCUACAACCAGCAGAUCGCCAACUGCUGCCGGGGCGGCGUCAUCGCCGCCUACGGCCAGGACCCCGCCGCCGCCGUCGCCGCGUUCCAGGUCAGCGUCGGCCAGGCCGGCACCACCAACCGUACCGUCAAGGUGCCCAAGAACUUCACGCUCCUCGGCCCCGGCCCCGGGUACACCUGCGGCCCCGCCAAGAUCGUCCCGUCCACCGUCUUCCUCACCCCCGACCGCCGCCGCAAGACACAAGCUCUCAUGACAUGGAACGUGACGUGCACGUACUCGCAGCACCUGGCGUCCAAGUAUCCGUCGUGCUGCGUCUCCUUCUCCUCCUUCUACAACGACACCAUCGUGCCCUGCGCCAAGUGCGCGUGCGGCUGCGAGCACAAGAGCUGCGUCCAGGGCGACUCGAAGCGGCUGUCGGUGACGGGGAAGCACGCGCACGCGCACGCGGCGGCGGCGCGUGGGCACAGGGACAGGGAGGCGCCGCUGCUGCAGUGCACGACGCACAUGUGCCCCGUGCGCGUGCACUGGCACGUCAAGCUCAACUACAAGGAGUACUGGCGCGCCAAGAUCGCCAUCACCAACUUCAACUACCGCAUGAACUACACCCAGUGGACGCUCGUCGCCCAGCACCCCAACCUCGACAACAUCACCGAGGUCUUCAGCUUCGACUACAAGCCCGUCGUCGCCUACGGAUCCAUCAAUGACACGGCGAUGUUCUACGGGCUCAAGUUCUUCAACGACCGGCUGAUGGAGGCGGGGCCGUACGGGAACGUGCAGUCGGAGGUGCUGAUGCGCAAGGACGCCAGCACCUUCACAUUCAAGCAGGGGUGGGCGUUCCCGCGCAAGGUCUACUUCAACGGCGACGAGUGCCGGAUGCCGCCGCCGGAUGUGUACCCGUACCUGCCCAACUCAGCCCCGCCGGCCGCCGUGGCGUCGCUGGGCGCCGCGGUGGCAGCCGUCGUGGCGUUCUUGGUGCUGUUCAUCAUGGCAUGAGCAUGAGAACAGAACACAACAGAUCAGUCUAGUGCUAGAACUUGCAGCAGGGAAAAAAAAUGUUUUUUUUCUCUCGUGUAGAUAGAAUGCUUUGGGUUUCAAGAUUGGUUUGGAUGUUUUGAACACACUGAAAAACGCAAGUUUUUGUUUCUUUUCAUCAAAUGGAGGGGGCACGGGCAUAAUUUUGAAAGAGAUAUCUGUGCAGCACAAUCAGGCAUUUUGCAUCUCAUGUCAGAUAACUGAAGUCAUACAGCUCUCUUAUUCAGUGUUGUCUUCAGUGAUGUUG